AUCAUUUAUACACGUAAAAUUAAACAAGCUUCAUUAUUAAUAUAAAGUUAAUAUAUUUUUAUAUCUAAUUACGGAUUUAGUAACAUGAAAUGACAAAUUUUGUAUUUUAUUUAGAUUCAUGUAAUUAAAAAAAUAUUUGUAUUCUCUGAAUGCAAUUAGUUUCGUUAAGUGAGUGAUAAUAACAAUUAAGUGAUCAGAAAAAAGUUUGUUUAUUAUAAUGGUGGGUCAAUUUACUAAAAGACAAUGGUUAACCUUGAUUGUUAUCAGCAUUGCCGAUUUUGCUAAUGCUGUCUGUGUCUCAUUACAAGCUCCUUUUUAUCCUCAAGAGGCUGAGAAAAAAGGAGCUUCAGCAACAGAAUAUGGUUUAGUAUUUGGAGUUUUUGAAUUGGUCGUGUUUAUUAUCAGUCCAAUUUAUGGUCAAAAGCUACAUCGAAUUGGACCAAAACUUCUCUUUAAUGGUGGAAUUUUAACAACUGGUACUUCUGCAAUUAUUUUUGGAUUAUUGGAUAAAGUAGAUGGACAUUAUCCAUUUAUUAUCUUAUCAUUUGUAAUUAGAAUAAUUGAAGCCUUAGGAAAUGCUGCCUUUCUUACUGCCAGUUUUGCAAUAAUUGCUAAGGAAUUUCCAGAAAAUGUAGCUACUACAUUUGCGAGUUUAGAAACAUUUUUUGGUUUGGGACUUAUUGUAGGACCUACUGUUGGAGGAGCUCUAUUUCAGAUCGGUGGUUUUGUAACGCCUUUUGCAGUUUUAGGAUCAGCACUGUUCCUGGCUGCAGUAAUGACUGCAUUUGUAUUACCUGUUCAUGAAAACAGUGAAGAUAUUACUCAUAACAGUGGGGGAUUUUCUGCAGUUCUGAAGAUUCCAGGCGUAAUAGUGUCUACAGCUUCUAUCGUCGCUACAAGUAUGAGCAUUGGAUUUUUACAGGCCACUCUUGAACCACAUUUGAGAGAGUUUAAUUUAGGGCCUGUUGUUGUAGGACUAAUGUUUGUUGUUAAUGGCGGUACAUACGCUAUUACUGCACCAGCUUGGGGUUGGUUCUGUGACAAACAUCUUGAUCCUAAGAUUGCUACAAUAGUUGGAUGUGCUUUAGUUAUGGUUGGAUUUUGUUUAAUUGGACCAUCACCAUUAAUACCAUUUCCAAAAACAUUUUGGAUGACUGCCGUCGGUUUAGUAUGUCAUGGAUUAGGACUGGCUGCUCAGUUAGUUGCUAGCUUUACAGAUGCAUUAAGAACAUCAAUAUCACAUGGAUUUCCAAACAGCUUAGAAACUUAUGGUUUAAUAAGUGGCCUUUGGACAAGUUCUUUUGCUCUUGGAGCGUUCAUUGGACCUAGUGUAGCUGGAAUUUUAUUAGACUAUAUAGGUUUUCAAAAUGCGUCAAUGUUUAUUGUGGUCCUGCAUCUGAUAGUAGGUAUAGCUGCUGCCAUUUUCUUAACUUGCUGUGUGUCUGAAACCAAACCAUAUACAGAGAUUACUACUGCAGAUGAUUUAAGAGCCUCAAUAACAGAUAGCGGAAGAUCACACAGCAUGAGUCUUCCUUUGGGUGCAAGAGGAGGAAAAACUAUACUACUGGAUAGACCGAGUGGAAUGAAUUCACUAUUUGCAUGUAACAGUUACUCCAAUAGAGCAGAAGCUUGGUCUCGAGCAUCAUAUAACGGACGAAAUUCAUUUAAUUACGGCUCCGUUGAAUCGAUACGUUACUUAGAUCGAACUACUUGACUUUGAACGAAUAUGGAAUAACUAAUUUAAAUCCAUUCGAAAAUAAAAAUGUUAUGUUUGCUUAAGUGUUUUGUUUAAAAAAUGUAAACUACUGAAUAAAAUUCUUUUUAUUGUAUUUCGUAAAUAAAAUUAACUUUGUGGA